AUGAGUUUAUCAUUGGAGGUGUUCACCUUUAGUCGGGAGAUAAAAAUGUGCUAUAUAUGUGGAGGGAUAUUUGAUAUAUUCUCCAGAAAGUGGGUGGAGAAUGGCGACCAGCUGGAGACCAUCACCAUGUCGCCUGGAAUGCACCAGAUGAUGAUCCAGGGAGGUCCUGGCCAAGAACCCCAGCUGGUACAGGUGGUCAGCUUAAAGGACGCCACUCUGCUAAGCAAGGCCAUGGAGGCCAUUAAUUCCGGCAACGUGAAGUCUGAAGACACGAUUAUUAUGGAACAAUAGCUGGAGCCCAUAGAAGGCAUGAUCUCGCCGGAGUUGAGCGAUUGAAGUGCCGUAUUCUCUGGGCCUCGUAGCUCUCCUGACUGACUACCCGUCUAUAACUUAGGGUUCCUUUUGCCCCACCAAAAGAAUGUUUUCCAAGUACCUGAAAGGUGUUGCUAACGGAGACAGAAGCAAUAGGAACCCCAUGGUCCCGUCUACCCAAGUAUAAACCAUCUAGUCAUCGCAUGUCUAGUCAAGAGUGCUUUCUCUGUAUAAAGCGCGCAAGCAGUUCAGACUUUGCAUAGAUAAAUAUCUUUAACUACUCGUAACACCCUUAUUCCUAAUAUUUUUUGUGCGUUUUUUUUGCUCUAUAACUAAUUUAAAUCUAAAUUAUAUUAGCUAUACAAUUGUAACAAACAUAUGCCAAGGUGUAAACAUUAUAAGCGUUACUUCUACGUGGCACUAUAUAUAUAUGAUAGAUAUACUUGUGCAACAUUCGCUAUAAAUAACCAAUAAAUAUUUAACGAAGAAGAAGGGUUCAUAAAUUAUACAAUUAACUUAGGACAACUGAUAAAGAACGCAAUGCAAUGUAACCAGAGAGCAUCACUUUAAACUUAAAUAUAUUACCUAAUAGCUAACGAUAAUGAAUACUAUUCAUAAUU